CAGAAUGAACGUCAUUUCUAAUUGGACAUUUGUGCAUCAACUACAAUAAACUAAUUUUCUUACUUAAAAAUGCUUAUUUGUGAUUGGUUAUAAAAAUGAUAAAUUUGUAAAAACUGCAUCAAAAUUAUUUAUGAAAAAGCAGACUGUACAAAACUCAAGCAGACAUAAACUUACUAAAUAAAUACAGAAGUGAUCGUACCAUCUAGUAGUCAAAUUGUUUAAAUCUUGCAACGAAAUUUUAUGAACAAAAAUAUAUGUACAAUAUUAUUAAAAACGCAAAAUAAACUUGGUGUUUCACGUAAAGUGUUAUACAAAAAGAAAUUUAUUAAAAUUUAUCAUUAUUAUUCUAACUGUUUAAUAAAAUAUUAAUAAUAAUGUCAAAAGUGACAGGUUAUGAUACACAUGAUGAUGGUCCUGGGUUUGUAGGAAUCAGAUUUUGUCAAGAAUGUAAUAAUAUGUUAUAUCCAAAAGAAGAUAAAGAAAAUAAAGUACUUAUGUAUGCGUGCAGAAAUUGUGAUUUCAAACAAUUAGCUGACAGUAACUGUAUAUAUGUAAACAAAAUUAUGCACGAAAUUGAUGAAUUGACGCAUAUCGUUGCUGAUGUUAUAUCUGAUCCUACUUUACCAAGAACCGAAGACCAUCCAUGUCCUAAAUGUAAUCACAGGGAAGCUGUAUUUUUUCAAGCUCAAACUAGAAGAGCUGAGGAAGAAAUGAGAUUGUAUUAUGUAUGUACGAAUCAACUUUGUUCACAUAGAUGGACGGAAUAAAUUUAGAAUUAACGUUAAGUAUUUGUUUAAAAUAAAAAUAUAUAACCCUAUGAUGUAAAUUGUGUAUAAACUUAAGUAUUAUAUCUUUACAAGAAAAAUGUAUGACUGUACAGUGCGUUAAUUAUUAAAUUUCUUCCUC